GGUUAAUGUGUUAUACAGGUGAACAGAUCAGAUGUGUUGAGUAGGGCACCGUACAGUUUACAUGAUCAGAAUUUUUUAUUAAUUUAGGUUAGCGCACGUGGUCAUUUUUAUAUAGGUUAAAUUAUCAUUUUGCGUCGUAGUUUUCGCCCGAGGACAUCAAACAAGAUCUUUUAUAAUGGCCCUGACAUUGGCGUCACCGUGCGGAAUACUGUCCGAUGAGGAUGAAUGCGGGGCUGUAUUUGAAUCCACGGCUGCUGAUAUCGGAGGUCUCAUAAAAUCUCAGCGAUUUGUGUCUCACCUGCCGGAGAUCUCCGUCAUAGCCCCUGCUGCAGACUCUACUAAAGUGAUCAAGAGCGAUGUGAGCAGAAUAGGAAGCGCCGAUGAUGGAUCAGAGAAACUGAAGGUCUUCCUGCGGAUUCGUCCUCUAACCGAAGCUGAGAAAGAGCGGGGAGAGGAACAGGGCUGUGUGAACGUGCAGUCUGAGGACAGUCUGCUACUCCGAGCGCCUAAAGACUCCAACAACAUGAAGAACGCAGAGAGAGGGGUCGCUCAAAGCCUGCACAAGUUUACUUUCACAAAGAUUUUUGGACCACAAACUUUGCAGCAGGAAGUUUAUGAUCACACCAUACGAGAGAUGAUACGAGAUGUUCUGCGUGGAGAGAAUCGUCUCCUCUAUACCUAUGGUGUGACCAACUCGGGCAAAACCUACACCAUACAGGGCACAGGUGGAGAAGCAGGUCUGUUGCCACGAGCGUUGGUAUCUGUGUUUCUUAAGCUGUCCGGGAGGCUUUACUCUGCCAUGGACCUCAAGCCUGUACUGAGCCAGGAGAUCCGUAAACUGAGCACCGGUGAGAUCCGUGCUGAGGAAAUACGCCGUGAUGCUUUGUUAAAAGAGGAUGAGAGCUCAGGUGGACAUCAGUCCAGGCUGCGUGGUGGUUUGUCUUGGGACAGCGGUAUUAGUGGACUCUCAGCUACCAGUCACAUAGCAACACAGCUGGAAGAUUCAGAUGGUGUUUGUCUGGAGGCCAAUGGCUUAUCCCUAAGUGGUGGUGAGGAUCUUGAAGAAGGGAUGCAGUUCUCAGUAUGGGUCUCGUUCUACGAGAUCUACAACGAAUUUCUUUAUGAUCUCCUUGAUGCUCCACCUUCUCUUCAGUCCCACAAGAGAGCAACCCUACGCCUCAGCGAUGACAAACAUGGAAACCCCUUCGUGAAGGAUUUGACUUGGAUUCACGUGCGCAGUGCAGAAGAGGCGUGGAAAGUACUUAAAGUUGGACGACGUAACCAAAGCUUUGCCAGCACUCAGCUAAAUCACAACUCCAGCCGCAGUCAUAGUAUCUUUACCAUCCGCAUUCUGCAAGUCCAGCCGCAAGCAGAUCUGAAACAGUCAGCCCGAGUCAGCGAGCUCUCGGUGUGUGAUCUGGCAGGGUCGGAGCGCUGUAAAGACCAACAGAAUGGAGACCGAAUGAAAGAGGCAAACAAUAUCAACACCUCCCUGCUCACACUGGGACGCUGCAUGACUGCAUUGAGACACAAUCAGACCAAUAAGUCACGCCCUCCUCUGGUCGUUCCAUUCAGAGACAGUAAGUUAACCAGGGUCCUCCAGAGCUUCUUCUGUGGUCGUGGACGCUCCUGCAUGGUGGUCAACAUCAACCCGUGUGCCUCCACCUAUGACGAGACUCUCCAAGCGCUGAAGUUCUCGGCCAUUGCCACACAGCUUGUACACGGCCCGUGCAGUAAGACGCGUGUGGCCUACAUCUUGUCCCUGCUCAAUGAGCAGCAAGCUCACCACAAUGACACAACUCUGCUAGAAGAGGAAGAGGAGGAGAGUGACGAGGAAGGAGAUAUCACCAUGUUUGAUCCAGAGGCCCUCCUAAAGGCCAUCGAUGUUCUGAAGCGUGAGGUGUUGCGUCAGCGGCAGGAGAAAGAAGAACUGGAGGCUAAGGUUCGAGAUGAGGUCUGUACCGAAAUGAUGGAGGUCAUCAGCCGCAUGCAGGACGACUUCAGUGAGACGCUGGAGAAUGAGAGAGAGCUGAUGGAGAAGAGGUGCGAGAACAAGCUCAACAACCUAAAAAACAGCCUGAAAAAAUACUACAGCCAAGAGUUAGAGGAACGAGAUGAAGAGAUCAAAGAACUUGCUGCUGCCCUUAAGGAGAAGGAAGAUGGAGGUAUAGCCCCCGUUCCCAUGUUCCCACCUCUGACAGAGGGUAACGCUCCACGUCGCUCCCGCCGCCUGGCCUCAACACACAAACACGAGGAGUAUCACGAGAGUGCAGAACUCAUGGAGUGUAAAACUGAGCUGGAGCAAUGUAAAACUGAACUGGAGCAAUGUAAAUCUGAGCUGGACCUCAAGCAAACAGAACUGCGGCUCAAAACGCUCGAACUGAAGCGAUGCCAUGAAAACGUCCCUUUCACUGGCACCACGAGCAAUGUAACAACUACAGCCGAGCGAAAACUAGAGGAGGGUCAGCGGAAUCUGAGGCAGCUGCGGGUCGAGUUACAGAUGUUGGGCAUUAAGCUGCAGUCUGGAGAGAGAGCCUGCUGCCGCAACACAGACGGCGAGAAGCUGCGUCACGCACUUACAUCUGCCGACAGUAAACUCGCCAAACAGGACCAAAUGCUGGUAGAGCUGCACACAAGCCUGCAGUUGGUCAAAGCAGACCUGCGCAGGAAAGACGAGACCCUAGCGCAACUGCAGGGAUCUAAGCUGCCACCCCAGGCCUCCGCGACCCCAGGCUCCUGCAAGAAGAGAGGCUGUGGAGCCACACCUGUAGCCUGCAUAGAGAACCAGCCUCCUGAGAAACGAGCCUUCUUCCGCUCCCUGUUCCCCACACGCACGCCUUCAAAGACCCCCGCACGACAGCGGCCCGAGGUCACCACUCCCUACACCCGCAUCCUGCGCUCGCGGCAGCCAUCACCUCCAUCUACUCCGGUCGGACGCAGGGCCAAAUAUUAAGAGCUUUAACGAUCAAACCAAGGCUUUGCCGUUUUAAAAAUAUUUUUACGUUUUUUGUAUAUACUUGUUUUAUUCACAAGCUUUUUAUAAUGUAAUCAGGUGGCCUUGUUACUUACAAGUGCAUCUUGUUUUGACAAAAAAAUGAAUGUUUUACUCUUAAUUUGAUGGUUUUGAACUGCUUGCACACCUGAGUAUUUACAAUAAAAGCUCAAUGUUAUGGUAAUGCACUACUGUAACUUAGGUGUGACUUGAACGAUAACAUGCUUGAGUAUGACAUCUUGUCAUGUAUCACGUUAUACUUAAGCAAAUUAAACUUAGCUGUAUGUAUGUAUAACAGAAAAUAGCUCCAUUUAUACAUCUAGUAUGUAUACAUAAUAUUCAUUGUUACUCCUUCAAAAACAUGUACAUGGGUGAUGUUUUUGCAGUUUAAUUUUAUAAUAAAACAUUGAUUUUCUUUGGCAGUGACCAAGUAAACAUGCAUGCUUUUUGUUGGCAUGUUGUCUCUGGUAAGUGACCAGAUGUUUAGGGUUAUAUCAGUGAAAGCACUACAUUAUUGCUUUGGCUGCUCUUUUGCACAUUUUGCAUGAGUUUGAAGGUUGCAUGUUUUGUCACUUUUAAAUGUCUGUCUUUCCUAUCAAAACCUGGACUACUUGUGUGAUCUU